UACGUCUACAUAUGCCACCCGACGACUGCCAAGAGCUGGUGCACCAGACCUCGUGUCCUAAAGACCACAAUCGGCUUAUUUUUGACGGCAUUUGUCACACAAUUAAGCCGUUUCUUUGACUCGAAGUACGAGAGCUUUCAGAUUGAGUGGAGGGGACGACUGGAGUGGGCCUGUAGUCGAGAUAUCGCCGAUUGGGUGCACAGUUUGGUCGGCGUUAAUAUCUAUUUCCCCACGUAUUACGGCUUUCGUAUACUAUUUGUGAACGUCGGCCCGUGUCUGGCGUUAGUGGCACUCAAUGUACUGCUCUUUCGGGCGCUUAAGAAAGCCCAGAAGAAGAGAAAAAUCCUAUUUAAAGACAAGAAGACUAACGAGUCUAAGAAGACCCGGGACUCCAACUCCACGACAUAUAUGCUUAUAGUUGUGGUGACAGUGUUUCUGAUGGUAGAGAUACCGAUGGCCGUCGCGACACUCAUCCACAUAAUGGCCAAUAUGGAAAUCAUCCCAUUCGCCAACGAGUACUACCAGUAUCUGAAGAUCACCAUAUUGGUCUCCAAUUUUAUCAUAAUGCUUAGCUUUCCCCUAAACUUUGCCAUAUAUUGUGGAAUGUCUGCCAAAUUUCGCAUCACAUUCAACGAGUUAGUGAUCAAAAGGUUUCGCACCGGUAGACAGGCCUCAGAGCCCAACCAUUACACACACGUCUCGAUGUCCACAAGUCUUUGAGAGUCGACCACUUUUUUCCCCGUUAUUUAUUACCGCUUCCAACGAUAUUAAUCGAUAAAUUGCU